AUGCUCGUAUUUCAGCGCUGGGCUGCCAGCAGCAAGCUCUCGACAGUUUUGAUACUCUUCGCCUACUUGAUAUUUGGAAUAUUCUUGCUUUUGUUUGUAUUCACGGAACCCAGCGGAAUCAUCACCAUGGAAGAAUCCUUGCCCGAGGAAAUCUUCCCUUUGUCAGGAUUUCCCACCCCCGAGGAGCGCCUGAUGGAUCCCUUCGACGACACGACCUCCGUCUUCUCCGAUCCCUUCGACCUAGACGAGCGUGACCGCGAAGAACGUCUCGCCGCGCACGACACCCAGCGCCUCCGCGAGCUCGUGUCCAAUUUCUCCAGGGGUUUCGACGCUGCUACAUUCCCGGAUUAUGUGAAGACAUGGAUUCCUCGUCUUGGACAUGAUUUGUUUCCUGGCUCGUAUGCGCAUCUCAUGAUCAUUCUGCUUGAGGAUUGGGACCAGACGGAGUACUUUCAGCUGUCCAUGUUUAAGUGGUUGUGCGAGAGACACCCGGUUCCUAGAUACUAUCGCAUUGGUCGUGCUCGUGGUAUCGAUGAUAGGCUGUUCGUGACUGAGCUUGGAGUUUUGAAAAAGCUGCUUUCGCCGUUGUGGGGAGAUGACCCCAGACCGAUCCACUGGAUUGGCAGUCGACUCACCAACCCUGAUGACUCGUGCGACCAGGUGAAGACCUCGAUGCGCAUCAUUAAACACUUCAAGGAGGAAAUCUCGGCUGAGAUCCAGGACGCCAAUGACGAUAGAACCAUAUUCUCCCCCAAAACUGCCCCCGAAGACCACAAAGCCGAAGUCAGCAUUCGCGAAUUUCGCAUCGACGCCUGCAAAGCCUCUCUCGGCUGGGGUGAAUUUCUCAAAACAGACCUCCACUUCACCUCCUUCCACCAAUACUACAAAGCGCACUUAAUCCGGACCUCCCCACACAGAGCGCGAACUCUGGGCUUCCUCCCUCCGCUUCACGAACCCAUCCCCGACUAUUUCCCCCGCCGCACCGACGCCCAGCCCACAGCCUGGUGCAACUGGGUCCGUCCCGAGCUACGAGGCAGCGUACUAGACCUAAUCCUGAAAAUAGCAGUCUGGCUAGGCCUCGCUCGCGGCGCAGCAGCCGUGCAUCUAUUCUGCGACAUCGUCCGCGCCUUCUCCCUUAAGAAACCAACGGACCUCACCGACCGGGAUCGCAUCGCUCUCCUGUACCAUUUCACCGCGAUCAGAAUCCCCAACGAACGCAUCACGUCCGGCCUCACUACGCCCUUUUCCCACGCAGACAAGUCCGUCCUGAGCAGGAAUACGGACUAUCUCUCUGCAAUCGCGGAUCUGAGCUACGACCACGACCGUGUCUCUUUGGUAUCUGGCGCUGCCUCGAUGGAGUGGUCUGACUCGGCUACCUUGAUUUCACAGAAACUUCCGCUUAUCCAUCGUCGCUUGAGAAUGAGCCAGGGACAGGUUAAGACGUACCAUGAUGGACAGGUCUUGGAGUAUUUGGGGCAGGCGUCGGUUGAAAUGACAUUGAGCUCAAAAGUUAUGGCUGAGAAGAGGCUGGAGUUGGAUUACACGGACUACUCAAGCUCGAUCUUCAAGAAAGCCACUAUCGUCGGGAAAAACAAACAUCUUUCUCUUCUGCCUCUUUCUCGGCCUAUUCCGAUUCCAAGACGUCGCGUUGUCGGUAGUCUUCGUAUUGGAUACGUUUGA